GAGUCCCACCGGGCGUGUAUCUAUUAUUCCUGUUUAUUUUUUUUUUCGGUUUUUAGUUUUUUACUAUUAAACGUAACGCAAAUUCCUUUUUCCCCCCAAUUGUUUCCGUCAACAACAGAUUAUGGAUUCCGUAAACCCUAAUCUCCAUAAUUCCGACAAUCCGAAGAUGAAAUUCACCAAUUAUCUCCCUCUUCUCUUAACUCUACUCUGCUUAGCUGAAAUCGGCUUCUUAUUCCGACUCGAAUCCAAUCACAAUUACUCGUUUUUCACUGAUCCGAUCGAUCAGAAGAUAUCAGGUUUGGUGCAUAACUGUGGUGGUGCUGGAGAAAGCUGUGAGGAGUGGUUGGAGAGAGAAGAUAAUGUAGCGUAUUCUAGGGAUUUUGUUAAACAACCUGUACUUAUUGCCGGUCGUGAGGAGGAUUGGAAGUCGUGUUCGGUUGGGUGUAAGUUUGGAGUUUACAAGAAGAAUGCUGAUGCUGCGUUUGGGUUGCAUAAAGAGAAUGGGACAGCUGGCAUUCUUCGGUCGAUGGAAUCGGCUCACUACUUUCCCAAGAAUGAGAUCUCCGUGGCGCGGCGAGCAGGAUACGACAUCAUUAUGACUACCAGUCUCUCCUCAGAUGUGCCUGUUGGAUACUUCUCUUGGGCAGAGUAUGAUAUAAUGGCACCUGUUGUGCCAAAAACUGAAAAAGCAUUAGCAGCUGCGUUUAUUUCUAACUGUGCUGCUCGCAACUUCCGUUUACAAGCCCUUAAGAUGCUUGAAAAUUCAAAUGUCAAGAUUGAUUCUUAUGGUCGUUGUCAUGGAAACCGUAAUGGAAAGGUUGACAAGGUUGAAACGCUUAAACGAUACAAAUUUGGCUUAGCUUUUGAGAAUGCCAAUGAAGAAGACUAUGUCACCGAAAAAUUCUUCCAGUCACUUGUUGCAGGAACGGUUCCUGUUGUUGUUGGUGCUCCAAAUAUUCAAGAUUUCGCUCCUUCGCCGAGUUCAGUUUUACAUAUCAAGGAACUAGCCAGUGUUGAGCCUGUUGUUAAAAUGAUGAAACACCUUGCAGAGAAUCUGACUGCUUAUAAUGAAUCACUACGAUGGAAAUAUGACGGGCCUUCUGAUUCUUUCAAGGCUCUUGUGGAUCUGGCUGCAGUUCAUUCUUCUUGCCGGUUAUGCAUUUUCAUUGCAACUAGAAUCUACGAGAAAGAAGAAAAAAGGCCCGAAUUCUCAAAAAGACCAUGCAAGUGUAGAACGGGCUCAGAAAUUGUAUAUCAUGUUUACGUACGAGAGAGGGGGAGGUUUGAUAUGGAGUCUAUUUUCUUAAGGUCUGGGAAUUUGAGCAUAGAGGCCUUAGAAUCUGCGGUUUUGUCAAAAUUCAAGUCUCGGAAACAUGAAACUAUAUGGAGGACGGAAAGGCCUGAAAGCAUAAGAGGUGACGAAAAGGAGCUGAAAGUUUACAGGAUAUACCCUGUUGGCAUGACUCAAAGGCAAGCUUUAUACAAAUUUAGUUUCAAAGCUAACAAUAACUCAUUUAAAAGUCACAUUAUAAGCAAUCCAUGUGCAAAGUUUGAGGUCAUCUUUGUGUAGUUAGAAUUGAAGUUAUUCGUCAUCAUGAAAGCAUCCUUAAACGUCGCUAGUUUGAUGACAUGCAAAAAUCUGGUGUGGUGAAAGUACUGCUUGUGCACUUUGAUUUUAAACACAGUGCUUUUAUAUA